ACACACACACACACACCCGAGCCCUGUUCAUCCGGCCCCCUGUGCAAGAUCAGCCCCUGCCAAUGCAACUGAGCCAAGCACCCAUGGAACUCUAGGUGGGAAGCAACAGGUAGAGGCGUGCCAUGGAUUGCACCAUCAAGGAGGCGCUGUCAGUUGUAAGCGAGGACCAGUCUAUAUUCGACCCAUCCUUUGGCACCCCGCACCUCCUGAAGACAGAGCUGCCCUCGGUGGAUGACUACGCUGGCAAGGAGGGCAUCGGGUUGGAGGAGCCCCAGUGGCCAACGCAGGCCAACAACAGGGGCCAUGUGGUGAAACAGGAGAAUGAGCAGGUCAACUGCUCCAGCAGCAGGCAAUCACCCGUGGACUGUAGUGUGACCCGGAGGAGCAAAUCAGGAGGUGCAGUUGACCCAUCCCAGGUAUCAUACUCAGGUGGAUACAACAACCAGCGUAGCAGCUCACCUGUCAACCCGCCCAGUGAGGAAAAGAGGGUCAUCGUCCCAGCAGACCCCAGUGUGUGGACCCAUGAUCAUGUCCGUCAGUGGCUGGACUGGGCAGUGAAGGAGUAUGACCUUGUUGAUGUCGAAACUGGCCUCUUCCAACAUGUGGAUGGCAAGGAGCUUUGCAAACUUGGCAAGGAAGGUUUCCUACGGUUCACCACGCCAUACAAUGCCGACGUGUUGCUGUCUCAUCUCUCUUACCUGCGUCAGAGUAGCCCCACUUUUACAUAUCCAUCUGCACCAGUCAUUACCCAGCAACCACCACCACCACCACCACCGCGCACCCAUGUCAAAUCUGAAUCUGCAUACGAAGAAAUUCGGCAUAGCAGCUGGGGCAGUGGCCCUAUCAGUGCAACUACCAAAGGUUCCCCACCACAGAUCCAGAGUGUAGGCCGGACUCCUGAUUCAACACGCGUUGCGCCAGAUCCAUACCAGGUCCUGGGACCCACUAGCAGCCGCUUGGCAAACCCAGGCAGCGGGCAGAUCCAGCUGUGGCAGUUCCUCCUGGAGCUGCUGUCGGACAGCGGCAACGCCAACUGCAUCACCUGGGAGGGGACAAACGGCGAGUUUAAGAUGACGGACCCCGACGAGGUUGCGCGGCGGUGGGGCGAGCGCAAGAGCAAGCCCAACAUGAACUACGACAAGCUGAGCCGGGCGCUGCGCUACUACUAUGACAAGAGCAUUAUGACCAAAGUCCACGGGAAGCGCUACGCCUACAAGUUCGACUUCCAGGGCAUCAACCAGGCCCAGCAAGGGCAGCCGGGAGAGCCUGCCCUCUACAAGUACCACCACACGGACCUGCCCUACCUCCCGCCUUACCACCAGCAGAAGGUGGGCUUUGGCCUGGGCCAUGCCACGCAGAUGCCCACCUCCUCUGCUGGCUUCUUCGGGGCACCUUCCCCCUAUUGGAAUUCUACCGGCGGGAAUCUCUACCAGAACCCCAAUGUCCCAAGGCAACCAGGCAGCCACUUGAGCUCUUUCUUUUAGUCCCCUGAUCGCUCGAGGGUUUUGGAGCUCCCCGAACUCCUGCGAAGCCAGCAGGUCCCAUUGUUCAGACAUCAGCCAGUUCCCAGGACCAUGAAGUAUCUGGUCACCAGGGGAGUGGUGAUGGUGGUAUGGAGUGCCCCACCACCAGGGGACACUUCUCUUCUUUGGCACUUACCACAAAGCCAUCUAAUGUUAUCAUUCACCACUAGGAGGCACCGAAUUUAGCUGGAACCCCUAAAGAAGGGGUUAGGAAAGCCCGUAGCCCUCCAGUUGUUGUUGGACUACAACUCCCACCGUCCUUGACUCAUUGGCCAUGCUGGGUGGGGGUGAUGGGAACUGGAGUCCAGCGACAUCUGAUAAAGGGCCACGGGUCCCCCUAUCCUUGCCCUCCACAAAAGAACCUAAGAUUAUCCAGGACCUUAAAUUUUCAUGCACCAUGAAGGAGGGCUUAGAGGUCGCAAGAGACAUGGAGCUGCUGCUACUUGCUUAGUAUCUUUUCACGGAUGGCCGAAACCAUUUUGCAGCCCGAGGCAAAUAACAAGUCUGUGCUCUCCCUGCCAUUCCAUGUGCAGAGGCUGACUUAAUUCUACAUGGAACGAUAGCACAGCAUCCUCCGCUGUAGCCGAGAGCUGCAAGCUAACAUAGGAGGAACAGCACAGGCCAUGUGGUACCCACAGCCCAGUUAUCCAACACCUGCUGCCACUCCUGAGGCAGCUGCCUCAUUCUCCCUAAUGGUAGGGCCAGCCCUUACAUUUAGUAAAAUGUAAUGCAGGCAUAGGGGAACCUUUUUCAGGGUGAGGGCCGCAUUCCUUUCUGGACAAGCUUCUGAGGGCCACGCAUCAGGGAUGGGCAGGGACAGAGGCCCAAGUGGGCAGAGCAAUGGAUGUGCAUAUUACUUUACUUUUGUACAGCAGACCAGCUUCUCUGCUUAUUUGUAUUUGCUGCUCUGUCCUCCACCCAGGCAAGCAAGAGGUAUGAUCAGAGUUUGAGAACACAUCCCAAGCCAGGCAAAAACUGUCAGAGUGCAAAGCAGGGCCAGUGAGGGGUGUGGCCUGGGGAAAGACCUGAGAGCCAAAUAAAGAUACAUUUGGCCCACAGGCCUCAGGUUCCCCACCCCUGGCGUAAUGCAGUUAGUGGCAACAUUGGGCUGUGUGCAUUUAUCUGCCACCACUCACCAAUGAUAGGCCAGGGCCAGAGCUUGGCAAAGUUACUUUUUUUGAACUACAACUCCCCUCAACCCAAUCCAGUGGCUAUGCUGGCUGGGGCUGAUGGGAGUUGUAGUUCAAAAAAAGUAACUUUGCCAAGCUCUGGCCGGGGCAUUCCACAGCUUGGUACCAUCACUUUUCAGCACUGUUUUUAUCGGUAGUCUUCCACCUUUUCAGAUCUGGUACCCCUGUAUCCCAAGUGUACAUUAAGGGAUCCAUUUCUUUUUCUUGUCAUAUAUUUGUACAGCAGUCGUGCCAUUAUUGUGAUCGGGCAAGCAGUGGAGGCUGGUUCAUUAGGGCAAAUGGGACGUUGCCCCACUCACCUCAAUCUGCCCUCAGCUGCCUGGCUUCUUACUUAUAGCCAGCCCAGGGGGUGGCCCUGGCUGUCAGCUUCUUCCUGCUUAGCCUCAGUGCUGCACUUGCAGAACUCAGCAAGGAGGAGGAAAGAAACAAAACUAGAACUGGUUGGCUUCGCAUGUCAUUGGCUGUGGCUCCAUCUAUCAUUAGUUCUGGCUCCAGCUACCAUCGGCCUCCCUGCCUUCCACCCCACCAGUUCCAAUGGGCAGCGGCCACCUCUGGGGUCAAGCGUAUUUGCUAGAUGAGCAAAGUUACUGGAGAAAGAGCCACUGACAUACCGUCACAACAGCAGCAGCUCCGUUUCCUCUUGCAAUAUCAAUUUCUACUCUUAUGUUUCAAAACCUUGGUGCGGUAACAGCUGUAACAUUUUCCAAUAUGUUGGAAGUGGUUCAAAAUGGUCUUUGCUCCAGAUGCAGGUGUUUCCAGUGUAUUUGCCUCCCUCUCCGGGGGGGGGGGGGAGCUGGCAAUAGCAAGUGCCUAUUGGCUAGCACUCAUGCCAUCACCAGUGUUGCUUUUGCCCUCUCAAGCCAGUCCUCUUUUUGCAACUGUUUUUAGUUUGUUUGCUUAGUGUUCAUGAUUUUAAUUUGUUGGGUGGGUAAGGUAAAGUUUGAAAAUGUAUAUUCCUAUUUUUUAAAAUGCAUGUGUGCAGUUUUAAAAUAAAUAUCCGGAGGUGAAAGGGGAAGAGCAGCAUUGAAUGCCAGUGCACUAUUCCAGGUUGCCCAGAAGUACAUGUAUAUCCUAAGAUGCUGGGUAUAUAUUGCACGAGAAAAAUAUACUGUGACAUCCACAAAGAACUGU